AUGCCCACUUUAACGUUGGCCAAUGGAAUCACAUUCCACUACACAGACAGUGGUCUGCCCACCGAUAACCAAUAUUCAACUCUGAUCCUUGUCCAUGGACACUCAUUCAACAGCGGAACAUUUAGGAAACUCACCUCUCUCGCCCCCUCUCGAGCUCUACGACUAAUAUGUGUUGAUCGAAGAGAAUACAACGGUUCCACCCCUUUCAGGCCCGAGGAACUGCGUAUCAUUAGCCAAGGAAUUGAUGACGAACGAGCAUCCUUUCUUGCCGAUCAGGGUCUUCUCAUGGCUUUAUUCAUCGACGGCCUUAUUCAAAACCUGUCUUUACCAAUACAAUGUGGAGGGGCAAUCUCAGGAUGGUCUUUGGGAAACCUGUAUACUUUGGCUAUGAUCAACGCUAUAGAUCAUCCUUAUCUUUCCCAAGAAGUGCGAGAAAGAUUGAAGGUUUUUUUAUGGACGUACAUCAUAUGGGAGGUUCCGUCGUACAUCCUCGGCAUUGACAAUCCCCCCGGGUUCUAUCUUCCGCUCUGGGAUUAUGACUUGCCUGAGGAACAACGAGGGCCGAUGUUUAGUACAUAUGUCUCCAGCUGUUUCGACCAUGGUGCCGACGUGCUUGCCACACGCGAUAAAGCUCGGCUUAAUUAUCGAAAUCCAACGCCAGGAACCUCCACAAUCGACAAGAUGACGCAGGAAGAAAUUCUGUCGAGCACAAAUUUCCUUGCGGGGCCCAAAUGCGACACGUUCUUCCUUGAACAUUCGUACUAUGGAAUACACCGCACAAACCUCCGGAAAGCACUUCUCGAUGAUGUUUCGAGUGUCGAUAAAUGGGGCAUGAAUGUAUGGCAUAUCUAUGGUGACAGCUGUAGCUGGAGCGUGGUGCUUUCGCCUUGGGUCUUGGAGGAACAAUGUUUGAAAGCCAACAAAAAGAUUAAUUUCAGAGCUAUCAAGGGCACAAAUCAUUUUCUAAUGUGGGAGGACCCGGAGCGUGCUAUUGCUGUGUUAAAAGAAUGUCUGGUUUGA